ACACAGAGGAGUGUUCCUGCUGGCAGUGAUCUAAUCAUAGUGCAGUAAGAAACAUGGCAGUUUGAUAAAACAUGGUGGAGACGGCCGCCGAAAUGGAAGCGUAUGUCCUGGAAGACAUUCUGGAGGUGGAAUCAUUCAUUUUGGAUCAGGAUGACUUAGAAAAUCCCAUGCUGGAAACAGCUUCCAAGCUGCUCCUGUCGGGCACUGCCGACGGGGCAGACCUGAGGACGGUAGAUCCAGAAACACAAGCCCGGUUGGAAGCUUUGCUGGAAGCUGCAGGAAUAGGCAAACUGUCCACUGCGGAUGGUAAAGCAUUUGCCGAUCCCGAAGUGCUCCGGAGGUUGACCUCUUCGGUUAGUUGCGCGUUGGAUGAAGCUGCUGCUGCACUGACCCGUAUGAGAGCCGAAAGCACAGCGAACGCAGGGCAGACGGACAACCGCAGUUUGGCAGAAGCAUGUUCAGAAGGAGAUGUGAAUGCGGUGCGAAAGUUAUUAAUUGAAGGGCGAAGUGUGAAUGAACAUACAGAGGAAGGGGAAAGCCUCCUUUGUUUAGCCUGCUCAGCUGGAUACUAUGAACUUGCACAGGUUUUGCUGGCUAUGCAUGCAAAUGUAGAGGAUAGAGGAAUCAAAGGGGACAUCACCCCUUUAAUGGCUGCUGCUAACGGAGGACACGUCAAGAUUGUGACGUUGCUGCUAGCCCACGGUGCCGAUGUCACCGCACAGUCUUCGACAGGCAAUACGGCACUUACAUAUGCCUGUGCUGGGGGCUAUGUGGAAGUUGUUAAGGUGCUCUUGGAAUCAGGUGCUAGUAUUGAAGACCACAAUGAAAAUGGUCACACUCCUCUUAUGGAGGCAGGAAGUGCUGGACACGUGGAGGUAGCCCGAGUGCUGCUGGAAAAUGGAGCUGGAAUCAAUACCCAUUCCAAUGAAUUUAAGGAGAGCGCACUUACGCUGGCUUGUUACAAAGGACACUUGGAAAUGGUGAGAUUUCUUCUGGAGGCAGGUGCAGAUCAAGAGCAUAAGACAGAUGAAAUGCACACUGCCUUAAUGGAGGCUUGUAUGGAUGGCCAUGUUGAAGUGGCAAGGUUACUUCUGGACAGCGGGGCACAAGUGAACAUGCCCGCUGACUCGUUUGAAUCGCCGUUGACCCUGGCGGCCUGCGGAGGACACGUAGAACUCGCGGCACUGUUAAUCGAGCGUGGCGCCAACCUGGAGGAGGUCAAUGACGAAGGUUAUACGCCACUGAUGGAAGCGGCCAGAGAAGGGCAUGAAGAAAUGGUAGCGUUACUGCUCGGACAAGGAGCAAAUAUCAAUGCACAGACAGAAGAAACCCAAGAAACCGCUUUGACUCUAGCAUGCUGUGGAGGUUUCCUCGAAGUGGCCGACUUUCUGAUCAAGGCGGGAGCUGACAUAGAAUUAGGCUGUUCGACUCCUUUAAUGGAAGCUGCUCAAGAGGGUCAUUUGGAGUUAGUUAAAUAUUUACUAGCAGCAGGAGCUAAUGUGCACGCCACAACAGCAACAGGGGAUACCGCUCUAACAUAUGCCUGUGAAAAUGGACAUACCGAUGUAGCAGAUGUCUUACUUCAGGCAGGAGCAGAUUUGGAACAUGAAUCUGAAGGUGGAAGGACUCCUUUAAUGAAAGCCGCAAGAGCAGGUCAUGUUUGUACUGUUCAGUUCUUGAUCAGCAAAGGAGCCAAUGUGAAUAGGACCACGGCCAACAACGAUCACACAGUAUUGUCACUGGCCUGUGCCGGGGGACAUCUGGCGGUGGUAGAAUUGCUCCUGGCGCACGGAGCGGACCCUACGCACAGACUCAAAGAUGGUUCGACAAUGUUGAUAGAAGCGGCCAAAGGAGGUCAUACAAGUGUGGUUUGCUAUCUCUUGGACUACCCCAAUAAUUUGCUCUCUGCUCCUCCACCUGAUGUCACCCAGUUGACCCCACCGUCCCACGAUUUAAAUAGGGCUCCUCGUGUACCGGUGCAGGCGCUGCCCAUGGUCGUCCCGCCUCAGGAGCCCGACAAACCCCCUGCUAAUGUCGCCACAACCCUUCCCAUCAGAAAUAAAGCUACUUCUAAGCAAAAAUCCAGCAGCCAUUUGCCGGCAAACAGCCAGGAGGCACAGGGUUACAUCACCAAUCAGUCUCCAGAGAGCAUUGUAGAAGAGGCCCAGGGCAAGUUAACGGAGCUGGAGCAGAGGAUCAAAGAAGCCAUAGAAAAGAACGCCCAGCUGCAGUCCUUGGAACUGGCACACGCCGACCAGCUCACCAAGGAGAAGAUCGAGGAGCUGAACAAAACGCGAGAGGAACAGAUUCAGAAGAAGCAAAAGAUCCUGGAGGAACUGCAGAAAGUGGAGCGGGAGCUGCAGCUGAAAACCCAGCAGCAGCUCAAAAAGCAAUACCUGGAGGUCAAAGCUCAACGCAUCCAACUGCAGCAGCAGCAGUCUUGUCAGCACCUGGGACUCCUGACCCCGGUUGGGUUUGGAGAACAGCUUCCCGAGGGAGACUGUGCCCGGUUGCAGCAGGCGGAGCCCAUCUCGCUCAAAGACGACCCCCAGCAGACUGCUGCUCAGAUGGGCUUCGCGCCGAUCCAGCCUCUGGCCAUGCCCCAAGCGUUGCCCUUGGCAACGGGGUCCUUGCCUCCGGGGUCCAUCGCCAACCUUACCGAACUGCAAGGAGUUAUAGUUGGACAGCCGGUGCUGGGCCAAGCGCAGUUGGCAGGGCUGGGGCCAGGAAUUCUCACAGAAACACAGCAGGGGCUAAUGGUAGCCAGCCCGGCUCAGACCCUCAAUGACACGCUGGAUGACAUCAUGGCAGCAGUGAGCGGAAGAGCGUCUACAAUGUCAAACACUCCCACCCACAGUAUCGCCACUUCCAUCUCCCAGCCUCAGACGCCAGCUCCGAGCCCCAUCAUCUCUCCUUCAGCCAUGCUUCCUAUCUACCCUGCCAUUGAUAUUGAUGCACAGACUGAGAGCAAUCAUGACACAGCACUGACCCUUGCCUGUGCUGGUGGCCAUGAAGAACUGGUACAAACACUUCUAGAGAGAGGAGCUAGUAUUGAGCAUAGAGACAAGAAAGGUUUUACUCCACUUAUCUUAGCUGCUACUGCCGGUCACGUUGGCGUUGUGGAAAUCCUGCUGGAUAACGGGGCAGACAUUGAAGCCCAAUCAGAGAGAACGAAGGAUACGCCAUUAUCUCUGGCUUGUUCUGGGGGAAGACAAGAGGUGGUGGAGCUACUGUUAACCCGAGGAGCAAAUAAAGAACACAGAAAUGUUUCUGAUUACACACCUUUAAGUCUAGCUGCUUCAGGUGGUUAUGUGAACAUCAUCAAAAUACUACUCAAUGCCGGUGCAGAGAUUAAUUCCAGAACUGGUAGCAAACUGGGCAUUUCUCCUUUAAUGUUGGCAGCCAUGAAUGGGCACACAGCUGCUGUUAAGUUAUUAUUGGACAUGGGGUCUGACAUCAAUGCUCAGAUAGAGACCAAUCGCAACACUGCCCUUACCUUGGCCUGCUUUCAAGGAAGAACUGAAGUGGUCAGUCUACUCCUUGACAGAAAAGCUAACGUGGAACACAGAGCUAAGACUGGCCUCACACCAUUGAUGGAAGCUGCUUCCGGAGGGUACGCCGAAGUUGGCCGGGUUCUUCUGGACAAAGGCGCCGAUGUAAAUGCUCCUCCGGUGCCCUCCUCCAGAGACACGGCCCUAACCAUUGCAGCCGAUAAGGGCCACUACAAAUUCUGUGAGCUGCUCAUCAGCAGGGGAGCCCACAUCGACGUCCGGAACAAGAAAGGCAACACCCCGCUUUGGCUUGCGGCGAACGGGGGGCACCUAGAUGUGGUACAGCUGCUGGUCCAGGCGGGCGCAGACGUGGACGCCGCAGAUAACCGGAAGAUAACACCCCUUAUGGCGGCUUUUAGAAAGGGUCACGUGAAAGUGGUGCGUUAUUUAGUGAAAGAAGUCAAUCAGUUCCCAUCGGAUUCAGAAUGUAUGAGAUACAUAGCAACCAUCACUGACAAGGAGAUGCUAAAGAAGUGCCAUCUUUGUAUGGAAUCAAUAGUACAAGCCAAAGAUAGACAGGCUGCUGAAGCAAAUAAAAAUGCAAGCAUUCUACUAGAAGAGUUAGAUUUGGAGAAGUUAAGGGAAGAGAGCAGGAGACUGGCUCUGGCUGCUAAAAGAGAGAAAAGGAAGGAGAAGAGAAGAAAGAAAAAGGAAGAGCAGAGGAGGAAACUUGAAGAAAUUGAAGCAAAGAAUAAAGAGAAUUUUGAACUACAAGCUGCUCAGGAGAAGGAGAAGCUAAAAGUUGAAGAUGAGCCGGAAGCCCCGACGGAACCCCCCAGCGCCACCACCACCACCACCAUAGGCAUCUCCGCCACCUGGACCACCUUGGCCGGCUCCCACGGCAAACGGAACACCACCAUCACCACGGCCAGCUCCAAGAGGAAGAGCCGAAAAAACAAAAUCGGGCCGGAGAACGUCCAGAUCCUCUUCGAGGACCAGCUCCCCAUCUCGUACGGCCAACCCGAGAAGGUCAACGGGGAGUCUAAGAGCAGCAGCACCAGCGAGAGCGGCGACAGCGACAACAUGAGGAUCUCCAGCUGCAGCGACGAAAGCAGCAACAGCAACGGCAGCCGCAAGAGCGACGGCCCCGCGCCCGCCGCCGGCCCGCAGCCCGCCAAGAAGCAGCCGGCCGUGCUCGUCACCUUCCCCAAGGAGGAGAGGAAGCCCGCUUCGGCCAAGCCUUCCGUCAAAUUAACAGAAGUGAUCGGGGAAGCGACGACGAAUUCACUAUCGACUUGCACCAAAUCUGGCCCUUCUCCACUUUCCUCCCCCAACGGCAAGCUGACGGUAGCCAGUCCUAAACGUGGGCAGAAGAGGGAAGAAGGUUGGAAAGAAGUCGUGAGAAGGUCAAAGAAAGUGUCAGUUCCAUCGACGGUUAUUUCCAGAGUCAUUGGAAGAGGAGGAUGCAACAUCAACGCUAUCCGGGAGUUCACUGGAGCGCAUAUAGAUAUCGACAAGCAGAAGGACAAGACAGGAGACCGAAUAAUAACAAUCAGGGGCGGCACGGAAUCGACCAGACAAGCCACCCAGCUGAUCAAUGCUCUGAUCAAGGAUCCGGACAAAGAGAUCGACGAGCUCAUCCCAAAGAACCGUUUGAAAAGCACCUCGACCAACUCCAAAGUCGGGUCGUCGGCGCCUCCCGCCACCGCUGCUAACAGUUCGCUUCUGGGCAUCAAAAUGCCCAGCGUCGCUCUGUCCUCGACCCCCCCGACGGCCACGGCCCUCCCCGUGCCGGCCAUCUCCUCGGCGCCCUCCCACAAGACCGCGAAGAACCCCGUGAACAACGUGCGGCCCGGCUUUCCGGUCUCUCUCCCCCUGGCCUACCCGCCCCCGCAGCUGGCCCACGCCCUGCUCGCCGCCCAGACUUUCCAGCAGAUCCGUCCGCCGCGGUUGCCCAUGACCCACUUCGGGGGGACGUUCCCCCCGGCCCAGUCCACCUGGGGUCCUUUCCCCGUCAGGCCCCUGAGCCCCGCCAGGGCCACCAACUCGCCCAAGCCCCCCCCGGUGCCCCGCCACGGCGCCCAGAACGGCGGCGGCGGCGGCCCUCAGGCCAACGCGGCCGGCCCGGCGCCGGCCGGCCCCGCGCCGGCCGCCGCCCCGGCGGUCUCGGCGCCGGCCGCCGGCGGCCCCGGCUCCCCGUCCGUGCGGAGGCAGCUGUUCGUCACGGCGGCGAAGACCUCCGCGGCCGCCGGCCACGGGCCCGCCCCGGCCGCCGCCGCCUACCCGCCCGCGGCCAAAGAACACUACCCCGCCUCCUCCCCGUCCUCCCCGUCCCCGCCCGCCCAGCCGGGGGUGUCGCGGAGCAGCCCCUCCGACUCCGCCGCCGCCUCCCCCCACAGAGGGGCGCCGCCGCCCCCGCCGCCCCCCGAGCCGGAAGGGGGCGGCCCGCCCGGCGCCGGCCCCCUCGGGGGUCCGCCGGGGCAUCCCGCCCACCCGCAGCCCCCCGGGCCGGCCUCGCAAGAGCCGCGGCCGCCUCCGCCGCCCUCUCAGGUACCGCCCCUCGAGGCGAGAAUGACUGCGCCCCCGCCGGCGGCCCCCGCCUCCGCCCCGGCGGCGGCGCCUCCUCCCGCCCCCGCCGCCUACCCCCCGCCUCAGGCCCAGGCGGGGCCUCCCCAGCCCCCCCCCAAGAUGGAACCCCCCGUCAUGAGACCGCCCGCCCACGGCCCGGCUCCGACGCACCCGCCUCCCGCCGCGGGGCAGAAUCCCUCCGUGGCGGUCCUCAACGUCAACCACGUGAAGAGGCCCCACAGCGUCCCCUCUUCCGUCCAGCUCCCUUCGACCUUAAGUACCCAAAGUGCUUCUCAGAACCCGGCCCACCCGGCCGGCAAGUCGAUGGCCCCCAACUUCAGCGCCCCUCUGCCGUUCGGGCCCUUCAGCACCCUGUUCGAGAACGGCCCCAACGCCACCCACGGCUUCUGGGGAGGGUCGGUGGUCUCAUCUCAGUCGACGCCCGAGUCCAUGCUAUCAGGGAAGUCUUCGUUUCUGCCAAAUUCAGAGCCCUUACACCAGUCGGAUACAUCCAAAGCUCCGGGUUUCAGGCCUCCGUUGCAGAGGCCGGCGCCAGUUCCCUCAGGUCUAGUCAGUAUGGACUCACCUUAUGCUCCUGUACCACCGUCUUCUACGCAUUUGGGUAACUUCGCCUCCAACCUUUCGGGAGGGCCCAUGUACGCCCCUGGAGCACCCCUCGGAGGAGCCCCCGCAGCUGCUAACUUCAAUAGACAACAUUUUUCCCCACUUAGUUUGUUGACUCCGUGUUCAUCAGCGUCCAACGAUUCUCCCGCUCAAUCAGUUUCCUCCGGAGUUAGAGCACAGUCUCCUGCCCAGUCAGCAGUGUCGCUGGGGUCAGAGAAACCCAGCAGCGUGUCUCAGGACAGAAAAGUUCCCGUUCCCAUUGGGACAGAGCGCUCCGCACGAAUCCGCCAAACUGGAACUUCAACGCCAUCGGUCAUUGGGAGUAACCUGGCCACGCCAGUGGGACACAGCGGCAUCUGGUCCUUUGAAGGAAUAGGUGGCAAUCAAGACAAAGUGGACUGGUGUCACAGUGGAAUGGGAAACCAUAUGAUUCACAGGCCAAUGUCUGAUCCGGGAGUGUUUUCACAGCACCAAGCUAUGGAGCGGGAUAGUACAGGAAUUGUCACGCCUGGUACAUUCCAUCAGCAUGUUCCUGCAGGAUAUAUGGACUUUCCUAAAGUAGGGGGUAUGCCCUUUUCGGUGUAUGGCAACGCGAUGAUCCCCCCCGUGGCACCUAUUGCAGAUGGUGCAGGAGGGCCUAUCUUUAAUGGUCCUCACGCUGCUGAUCCAGCUUGGAAUUCGCUGAUAAAGAUGGUUUCAAAUUCCACAGAAAAUAACGGCCCGCAGACGGUGUGGACCGGCACUUGGGCUCCCCAUAUGAACAGCGUGCAUAUGAACCAGCUUGGCUGAUUGGGAUCAGCUCGUUAGCCUGCAGAUUUCUUUUCAUCCGGAGGAAACCGAGUGGCCCGAAACCAUUUUUCUGCUCCCGAAAUCAUUCUACUGAUGUGCUUGACUGAAGUGUGUAGGCUUUUUGCAGAAGAACUUACUAACUGACCUUUUUUCUGUGAACAUUCGUGACCGCCCAUCCCCCACCGACAUACGUUUCAACCUUAGUUAGCAUUUUUUCUUCUUUUUCUUUUUUCUUUUUUUUUUUCCCCUCCCCUCCCCCCCUUCCCUCUCCCUCCCCUUUGGACAUAACUUUCUGUUGAAGCUGUUCUAUGGCUGGUUGGUUUUAGUACUGUAAACUGCUUCUGAGCAAACACGGAAAUUUAGCAAAAUUAUGUAAACUUGAUCCCGAAGUUUUAGAAUGGCAAAUAAAUGUACAAUUGUUUACAUAACAGAAAUGGCUAAGCAGAAAGUAAAUUUCAAUAUGUCAGUAUAGAGGCUCUACUUUAUGUAGACAUAAAUUAAUGUGAGAUAUGUACCUUCAUAUUCAGAAAUCUGGAUGUUUCCUUCAUACAUUAAACUAUUACUAAGCCUAA